AUGACAAGCAUCGACAAGCCGCUGUCUAAAACCCAGGUCUCAAGACUUGGUGACUUUGAAUCUGUCGAGAAGUCCAUCAAAGAGCUACUGCUACAGCCUGAUUACGACGAUGGCAGUGUCGGCCCUGUACUUGUCCGCCUAGCCUGGCACUCUUCUGGCACGUACGAUGUAGCAACUGAUACUGGCGGUUCCAAUGGUGCUGGUAUGCGUUACGAAGCCGAGGGUGGCGAUCCCGCCAAUGCUGGUCUUCAAAAUGCUCGUGUCUUCCUAGAGCCGGUCAAGCGUCUUUACCCAUGGAUCACAUACUCAGAUCUCUGGACACUUGCUGGUGUAACUGCCAUUAGAGCUAUGGGAGGUCCGGAUAUUGACUGGCUGCCUGGCCGAACCGACUUCGUGGAUGAUAGCAAGCUCCCACCGCGCGGCCGUCUUCCUGAUGCGGCUCAAGGAGCACAGCACCUCCGGGAUAUCUUCUAUCGAAUGGGAUUCAACGACCGUGAGAUCGUGGCUCUAAGUGGUGCCCAUAAUCUCGGCCGUUGCCAUACUCAAAACUCUGGCUUUGAGGGCAAAUGGGUCAAUAAUCCAACACGAUUUUCGAACCAGUAUUUUCGCCUGCUGCUAUCCGAAGAAUGGAAAGAGAAGACAGUUGCAGAAUCCGGCGUAACCCAGUUCUCUUCUGUUGACCCGGACACUGAGGAGGAGUUGAUGAUGCUCCCUACCGAUAUGGCAUUGACGACAGACCCCGAGUUCUCCAAGUACGUGCACCUCUACGCUGAAGAUAAGGAGUUGUUCUUCAACGACUUCAAAGCAGCAUUCGCCAAGCUGCUUGAACUUGGAAUAGUAAGAGACAGGGAGGGAAAUAUCACAAAUAGUGAUAACGAGAAGGGAGGUUAUAGAAGUGCCCCGAAAAAGAGUGACUCGAUGUCAGCGAAUGCAGGAUCUCAGCAUGUACCUCAGACAGGUGGAUGCCCAGUUAUGCACGCCAGGGCAAAGCUGUAG